GGGAAGUCCCGCCUCUACCGCCCAGCGGACGCUGCCGCCGACGUCGCCACCGCCGCUGCCGCGCACCUAACCGGGACCCAGAGGGGCGGGCAGAUCUGAUUCCGGAGCUGCCAUGAUUGAAGUGGUAGCAGAGCUGAGCCGGGGUCCUGUAUUUUUGGCUGGGGAGGCGCUGGAGUGUGUAGUGACCGUCACCAACCCCCUUCCCCCCACGGCCACUUCUGCAUCCAGUGAGGCCCUGGCCUGGGCCAGUGCUCAAAUCCACUGCCAGUUCCAUGCCAGUGAGAGUCGAGUAGCACUGCCUCCCCCUGACUCUAGUCAGCCAGAUGUCCAGCCGGACAGCCAGACCGUCUUUCUGCCACACCGAGGUGAGAGGGGUCAAUGUAUCCUUUCUACUCCACCAAAAAUUCUAUUCUGUGACCUGAGGCUAGAUCCUGGAGAGUCCAAAUCAUACUCCUACAGUGAAGUGCUGCCCAUAGAGGGACCACCCUCCUUUCGGGGUCAGUCAGUCAAGUACGUCUACAAACUGACCAUUGGCUGCCAGCGUGUCAACUCCCCCAUCACGUUACUCAGAGUACCUCUGAGGGUUCUUGUGCUGACUGGCCUUCAGGAUGUCCGGUUUCCCCAGGAUGAGGCUGUAGCCCCAUCCAGUCCAUUCUUGGAGGAGGAUGAAGGUGGGAAGAAGGAUUCAUGGCUAGCGGAGCUGGCUGGGGAGCGCCUAAUGGCUGCCACAUCCUGCCGCAGCCUCCAUCUAUACAAUAUCAGUGAUGGCCGAGGGAAAGUUGGGACGUUUGGCAUCUUCAAAUCUGUGUACAGACUUGGCGAGGACGUGGUGGGGACCUUAAACUUAGGGGAAGGAACUGUAGCUUGUUUGCAGUUUUCAGUCAGCUUACAGACCGAGGAGCGUGUACAGCCUGAAUACCAGCGGCGACGUGGGGCAGGGGGUGUCCCCUCUGUGUCACAUGUGACUCACGCCCGGCACCAGGAAUCCUGCCUGCAUACAACCAGAACCAGCUUCUCCCUCCCAAUCCCUCUCAGCUCCACCCCAGGCUUCUGUACAGCCAUUGUGUCCUUGAAAUGGAGAUUGCAUUUUGAAUUUGUAACGUCCCGAGAACCAGGAUUGGUACUCCUACCCCCUGUGGAACAGCCCGAACCUACCACCUGGACAGGUCCUGAGCAAGUACCUGUAGACACCUUCAGCUGGGACCUCCCCAUCAAGGUGCUGCCUACCAGCCCCACCCUGGCCUCAUAUGCUGCCCCAGGCCCUAGCACCAGCACCAUAACCAUCUGAAACUGGCCCACCCUGGCGCUAGUUCCUUGCGAAUACUGAGAACUCAGCACCUGGACUCUAGUGGGACCCACUUUUUCCACCUGGGGUCCAGUGUCGUGGACAGUGAGAGUCAGGCUUUCAGCUAUAGCAUUAAUUUAUUUAUUCAGAAUACAUUGGCAGCUGCUAGUGGUUUCCCUGGAA